GUAAUUUAUCGAUGAGAGUUUGUAAAAUAAAAUAAAAAAAAUUAUUUUAUAAAUAAUCAAUUGUGACAAUUAAUUUGUAUCGAGAAUAUAUAAUUUUUUUUUCUUUAAAAGAUUUAAUUAAAAUUAAAUUGUUUUUAAAAUAUUGUAGUUAAAAUGAACGUGUAUAUUGGAUAUUAUUUUUUAUUAGUAUUUACAAGUGUGCCAGUAUUGUCGAGUGAUUAUCAUUGUGUUUGGUAUGGUGAAUGUCAUGUCUCAGAUGAUGGCCUCAAGCAAAAUUGUCCAACAUCAAAUUCAGCACAAUUAAUUAAUGAUAAUUCAGCUGAAGCUAUUUUACGUAAAAGAUGUCCACAUUUAUUUAUGGAAACAGAUCAUCCAUUGACUUGUUGCAAUGCUGAUAAUAUUAACACAAUGGACACAAGUUUGAGAAUGGCUGAUUCAAUUUUUGGUCGUUGUACAACGUGUAUUAAAAAUAUGAUACGGGGAAUUUGUGAUUUUACAUGCGCACAUGAUCAAAGUCGAUUUAUGGAAGCAGUCAAUAUAAUAUAUGAUACAGAAAUUAAAAAAUAUUAUAUUGAUGAAGUUAAUGUUUUUAUAAGUUAUGAAUAUGUUAAUUCAACAUUUGAAUCAUGUAGCAAGGUCGUUCAUCCAAUGAGUGGAUAUUUAGCAAUGGAAAUUGGCUGUGGUGAACAUGCAAAGUGUAAUCCAAAAUUAUGGUACGAGUAUUUGGGUGAUGUAAAUAAUAAUCCACUUGUUCCAUUUCAAAUGAAUUAUGUCUAUGAAUCCAACAACACAAAUAAUCUUGUUGAGCCAUUAAAUCCACCGACAAAAUUAUGUAGUGAGGCUUAUGAUAAUUCAUCAACACGUUGUAGUUGCAUUGAUUGUCCAUCAUCUUGCCCAUUUGCUGAAUGGAAAAUCCAAGAUGAAUUUUUUACAAUAUUUAAUUUCAAUGGUUAUGGAAUUUUAUUGGGAUGUUUCGUGAUUAUUUCCAGUUUUAUAUUUUCAAUUAUUUACAUAUAUCUUCGAAAAUGUUUGCCAAGUGACAGAAUUGACUCAGGACAAAAUUGCAAUAAUUGUAGUAUUUUAUUUAAUAAGUUGCUUCAAGAUUUUUUCAGGACAUGGGGACACUUUUUUGCUUCACAUCCAGUUCCGAUAUUAUGCAUUCUUUUUGUAAUUAUUUUGGCUUUAAGUUAUGGGAUAUUUUUGCUCAAAGUAACCGUAAGCCCCAUUGAAAUAUGGUCAUCACCUGACUCAAGAUCUCGAAUGGAAAAAGAAUAUUUUGACAAUAAAUUUACGCCAUUUUAUCGAGUAGAACAAAUUUACAUCAAAGCUGUUGGUCUUGAAAAUAUAAAACAUGAAACUCCAGAUAAAGCUCUCACAUUUGGUCCAGUUUUUCAAAAAAAAUUUUUGUUAGAAGUUUAUAAAUUACAGCAACAAAUUUUUCAGAUUGGUAAUGAAACUGAUGAAGGAUUAGAUAAAAUUUGUUAUGCUCCAGUACAAAGUGAUUUUACUGGACCAGUCACAAUUGACCUGUGCACAGUUCAAAGUAUUUGGGGAUAUUUUCAAAAUGACAUUGAUACAUUUAAUGAAACAGAAGAAAUUGAUGGAUACGAAAUUAAUUAUUUAAAUCACAUUUACAAAUGCUUACAAAAUCCAUAUAAUCCAUUAUGUCUUGCUCCAUACAAAGGACCAAUAAUACCAGAUAUUGCUUUCGGAGGAUUUUUAAAUGACAGUAAAAAAUUACAUGACACAUUUGAUAUAAUAAAUUCAACUGGACUAGUAAUGACAUUUAUGGUAAAAAAUACUGCCAAUGAAAUUGAAUUAAAACGUAUUCUUGAAUGGGAAAAAAAAUAUCUUAAUUUUAUGAAAAAUUGGAAUGAUAAUGAACGUCCAAAUUUUAUGGAAAUAGCAUAUAGUGCUGAAAGAUCAAUUGAGGAUGAAUUAGAUAGAACAUCUAGAGCUGAAUUUUCGACAAUUAUCAUAAGUUAUGGUUUGAUGUUUCUAUGGAUUAUUUUGUCUCUUGGAUCAUUUCAAUUUUCACCAAAGUGUUCGAUAACGUCACGUGUAUUUUUGAGUGUAAGUGGAAUUUUGGUAGUUGCAAGUUCAGUUGCAUGUACAUUUGGAAUAUUUGGCUAUAUUGGAACUUCAACAACUCUACUGACAAUUGAGGUCAUACCAUUUUUGAUACUUUCUAUUGGUAUUGAUGAUAUUUUUAUUCUUGUUCAAACACAUCAAAGGAAUAUAGCUAAACCUGAAGAAACUGUAUCACAACAUUUGGGAAGAAUAUUGGCUUUGGUUGGACCAUCAUUACUAUUGACAAGUUUAUCUGAAGGUCUUUGUUUUCUUAUUGGUACAUUGUCAUCAAUGCCAGCUGUAAAAACAUUUGCAUUAUUUUCAUCAGUUGCUGUGUUUAUCAAAUUUUUUUUACAAAUCACAGCAUUUAUUUGUUUUUUAUCUCUAGAUACUCAAAGAUACAAAAAUGGACGUUGUGAUAUAUUUUGUUGCUUCAAAGUGGCAAAAAAAAGAAAUGCUAAAGUAAAUUAUGGAUUUAUUAGUAAAAUAUUUACUAAAUUUUAUACUCCAUUGUUGAUGAAAAAAUCUAUUGGGAUUUGUGUUUUAAUAUUCUUUGUUGGUGUUACAUCUUUAAAUGGAUUUAUUGGAGCAAACGUUAAGCUUGGUCUGGAUCAAAAGCUAUCAAUGCCUCGAGAUUCUUAUGUUCAUAAAUAUUUUGAGUACAUGCAAGAUUUGUUGUCAAUGGGACCACCAGUAUAUUUUGUGGUAACAGGUGGUCUCAAUUACAGUGAUACUAAAGUACAGAAUGCAAUUUGUGGAGGACAAAAGUGUAAUUCUGAUUCAUUAUAUACUCAAAUAUUUACAGCAUCAAAACAAUCAACAAUUUCUUUCAUUGCCAAGCCAGCAUCAUCUUGGAUUGACGAUUACUUUGAUUGGAUAACGAUAGACGGUUGUUGUUUGCAGUUUCAAAGUAAUUCAUCAUUUUGUCCCCAUGACAGAACUUCUGAAUGUGAACAGUGUCCUGUCACCAAAAACAAUUUUGGACUACGGCCAAAUGCUGAUGAUUUUCGAAAAUAUAUUGGUUACUUUUUGAUGGAUGUACCAGAUGAAAGUUGCAGUAAAAGUGGUCGAGCAGCAUACCUUGAUGCAAUGACAUAUACCUACGAUGAUCAUGACAAUGAUGGUGGUGGUGAUAGAAUAAAUAUUCAGGAUUCAUAUUUCAUGACAUAUCACACACCAUUGAAAAAUGAUGCUGACUGGUACAAUGCUCUAGAGGCAGCACGAGUUGUUGCUUCCAAUAUUUCAAUCAUGAUCAAUCAAGCCAACAUUACUGAAAAAGAAAUCAAAGUUUUUCCAUACAGUGUUUUUUAUGUAUUUUAUGAACAGUAUUUAACAAUUUGGAGAGAAACUUUAAAGUCUCUUGGUUUAUCACUUGUUAUUGUUUUUAUUGUUACAUUUUUAUUUACUGGUUUAUCAUUAUUUUCUGCAACUGUUGUUCUUGUUACUGAGACAAUGAUUAUUAUCAACAUGCUUGGAUUUAUGUACUGGUGGAAUAUUUCUUUGAAUGCAGUGUCUCUAGUUAAUCUUGUCAUGACUGUUGGUAUAUCUGUUGAAUUUUGCAGUCAUAUUGUAAGAUUGUAUUUAGUUUCAAUUAAAUUUUCAAGAAUUAGUAAAGCAUCUGAUGCAUUAUCAACGAUGGGAAGUCCUGUUUUCUCUGGAAUUACUAUGACGAAAUUUGUGGGAAUAACAGUGCUUGCAUUUGCAAAAACCCAAAUUAUUCAAGUAUUUUUUUUUCGAAUGUAUCUUGGUAUUGUUAUCAUUGGUGCAUCACAUGGUCUUAUAUUUCUACCAGUCCUAUUGAGAUUUAUUGGUCCAGAAGUUUAAAUAUUUAUUAUCUAAUAAACAAAAAAAUAAUUUUCAAUUAAUUGCUAUGUAAAUGAAAGGAGAUUGAAGGAA